CCACAAUAUUCACCAGGAAACAAUUCUCUAACGCCAAUGGAUAUCGACGUAAAUGAAACACGACCAUCACAGCAACAAAAGAAGACUUCUCAGCAACCUGAAACUCUAUUGAAGGCAACCAUAGCAGACCGUGCUUCUAAACUUCCCGAAACUGAUAAACGAGAAAAGUCUUUGGCUGAAUUUCUGACGAAAAUGGAUAACUAUUCACCUAUUAUACCUGAUGCUGUUACAGAUUACUAUCUAAGUCGAGCUGGUUUUGAUUGUGAUGAUGUUAGAGUUAAACGACUACUGGCACUGGCAGCACAAAAAUUUGUUGCAGAUAUAGCUACUGAUGCAUUCCAAUACUGUAAAGUUCGACAAUCUGGUAAUCGAAGUAAAGUGGGCAAGGAUCGCAAAACAGUAUUGACAAUGGAAGAUUUAUCAGCUGCUUUAUCGGAAUAUGGUGUUAAUGUCAAAAAACCGGAUUAUUAUUCCUAGUUUAGUUGAUUGUACAUAAUAAAAAAGGAUAUUCUUAUGUUGUGUACUUGAUUAUGCUUUUUUGUAUUUAAAUCUCCAC